UGUUGGCUUAGCCUCAUGUGUGAUUAUGCUCAUCAAAUUCUUUCUUCCAUGCAGCAAAUGACUAUUAAGCCCUUUUCCCUCAAAUCCCAUCUCACUCACCUCCCUCUGCAAGAAAUUUUUUUGGGGUUGUAAAUAUGUCAGUUUGAAUGGAUUUGUUUGGCCUUUUCUUAUAAUUUAUCAAAUUGUUUCUUGCUUUAUCUCUCCCAAAAUAAAAGAAAAAAUGACCACAUCAUCUCCUACUUCUUUCAUUUUGUUCUGAACAACUUAUAUUAGUGGUAGAAAUAAGUAGUUUUAGAUUUGAACUUUUACUUUUCAAGAUCUUUUGACAAUUUUUAGGGGAUCUAGCUAGGAGCUUUCAAUAAAGACAGCUAAUUUUUAAGAAAAGGUAGAAGAAAAGAUUAUGGUGAUUACUGCAGCUGCCACUUCACUUUUACUACUACUUGCUUCUCAUCAUUCCCAUUUGCAAAUUUCAAAACCAUCCACAUGAUUUAAACCUUAGAACCAUGUAAAUAAAACCUUCAUUUGACCCUGUCCUUUUCUUGAAGCACCAACUUAAAAAUUCCUCCACAAAAAGCCAAAGGAAAAGACCUUUUUUUUUCCUUUUUGCCUAAAGUUGAUUUUUUUGCAUGGAUAGUGGAGGAAGUAGUAACAUUAUGUUGAGGGACUAUAGGAAAGGGAAUUGGACAGUGCAAGAAACAAUGGUUCUUAUAGAAGCAAAAAAGAUGGAUGAUGAAAGGAGAAUGAAAAGACAAGAUAGUGAAAGAGGGAAUAAACCAGGAGAAUUAAGAUGGAAAUGGGUGGAAGAUUAUUGUUGGAGAAAUGGUUGUUUAAGGAGCCAAAAUCAGUGUAAUGACAAGUGGGAUAAUCUCAUGAGAGAUUUCAAGAAAGUGAGGGAAUACGAAAGAAGAGUGGCUGAAAAAUUAGCUGAAGGGGAUGGAAGUAAUAAUAUGCAGUCUUAUUGGAAGAUUGAGAGGAAUGAAAGGAAAGAAAAGAACUUGCCUACUAAUAUGUUGCCUGAGAUUUACGAGGCAUUAGUUGAAGUUGUGGACAAAAGAGGUCAAAAAGUGCUUAUUGGUGGUAGUGGUACUUCUUACAAUCCAAGCACAACUUCUUUGUCUCCAACAUUGCAACAACAACCCCCCAUUCAACUUCAAAUUGCAGCUUUGCCACUUCCACCACCACCACAACUAUUAUCACCACCAGCAAUAGCACAACAACAACCACCUCAGCCACCUAAUCUUCCUUACACUCAACCUUUACCCACAAUGUGUGAUAGCUCAGAACGUGAUAGAAGUGAGCAUUCAGAUUCACCAGCCAAGAGAAGAAGAAAAGGAGAUCAAGGAGAAGCUGGAACAAGUAGUGGUAAUAACAACUUGCAAGAAGUUGGGUCUGCAAUCUUCAAAAGUGCUGCCAUUAUAGCAGAGACUAUUCAGGCUUCUGAAGAAAGAGAAGAAAGAAGGCACAGAGAAAUGUUGAGCUUACAUGAAAGAAGGCUGCAAAUUGAGGAAUCCAAAGCUGAGAUUAAUCGACAAGGCAUCAAUAGUCUUGUUGAUUCUGUUAAUAGACUUGCCAAUUCUAUCCUUUCGUUAGCUGCUAACAACAACCACCAACCACCUCCACCUACAUAGUAAAACACAUAUUGGUAUAGCCAGAGAGAGACUAAUUAAUUACAAUUGUUUGUAUAUAUAGGUGAUGAGCUGAUUAUCAUUAAUUAAUGGCUUAAUUAAUUCAUCAUGUAUCUUGUGUCAUUUUGUGGAUAAUAUUCCACGUAAGAUGUGUGUCUGUCUCUCUCUCUCUCAUGUAAUAUCAAAUUAAAGGCUUGUUUGUAAAACUAUUCAUUAAUCCAUUUACUCUUUUGUUGUA